AUGUUCCGCGAUUGGGAAACUUGGACAAAAAGACCUGGUCAAUCGGGAGGGGCGGUGGGGAUUGCACUCCGACCCCAUCUCCAAAAAUGGGCCGAGGCGAAGAUCGGCCUCACAUACAGAUGCACCCAAAUACUGACGGGCCAUAGGUGCUUUGGGCAGUACUUGCACACAAUCAAGAAGGAAGAAUCUGCCAGGUGCUGGCACUGCCCGGCCAGGCUGGAUACGGCCCAGCAUACGCGGGAAGAGUGCCCGGCUUGGGAGCAAGAUAGAAGAGCGCUAAUCCGGGACGUCGGAGACGACAUAUCGGGUACUGCUCUAAUCAGGGCUGUACUCGAUGAUGAAAAAAGGGAGGCAGUCCUUCGUUUUUGUGAAAGCAUAAUGAAAACAAACGAGGAGGCGGAACGCACUCGCGAGCGAACGCCCGACGACAACGGGAAGGAAAUUAAUUUGAGGUAG